CUCACCUGCACCAGCAGUUCAGUUCGGGACUCUGCUCGCUCCAACAAACUUCGCCACCACCGCACGAAACUCGAAUUUCACCAUGGCCACCUCUGCCAGAUCGACACAACUUUCCACCAAACGAACGAUAACGCAGCAUGGCGGCGGCUUCGGCAGCGGCUUCAGCAGCGGCGUCAGCAUCGGCGGCGGCGGCUAUGCCGGCGGCUAUGGCAGUGGCUAUGGCAGCGGCGGCUUGGCCCGGACCUCGUUCCGCUCUUCCGUGGGCUCAAGUCGGGGAGUGUCAGCUGGCAAGCGGGCUUACAGUAUAGCUGGAAUUUCGACAAGACCGGCAAUAUCCACCUCAUCCCAAUUCAGGCUUGGUUCUGGUUUGAGUGCGACGACAGCGGCCCUUGAUCUAAACGCUCCCUUACCAACAAUUGACACCAGUCUGCAAAGAGUUCGGGAGCAGGAGACGAAGGAGCUCACUUCGCUCAACAACCAGUUUGUUUCUUUCAUUGACAGGGUUCGCUAUCUCGAAGAGGUAAAUACACAACUGAAGAUCAAACGGGACCUCCUGAAGAAACAAGGGACUUACACAUCCAACAUCGAUAACAUGUUCCAAGCUUACAUUGACAACCUCAACAAGCAACUGGAAAGUCUUGGGCAGGAGAAGCUGAAGUUCGAGUCGGAUCUUGUGCAGAUGCAAGGUCUAGUUGAGGACUUUAAGGGCAAAUACGAAGAUGAAAUUAACAAGCGGACAGAAAUGGAAAACGAGUUCGUCAUGGUCAAGAAGGAUGUCGAUGAAUCCUACAUGAACAAGGUGGAACUGGAAGCGAAACUGGAAAGCCUGAUGGAUGAAAUCGAAUUCCUCAAGACAAUCUUCCAAGAGGAAAUCCGCGAGCUGGAGGCACAGAUUCAGAACACUUCUGUCAGCGUGCAAGUAGACACUGGUCGCACUCUGGAUGUGGCAGCGAUCAUUAAUGAAGUCAAGGCCCAAUACCAAAUGAUGGCAGAUAGAAACCGCUUAGAGUGUGACCAAUGGAAAAAGGCCAAGAUGAACGAACUCAGCAUGGCACCUGGAGGUUAUGGAGAUGAAAUGCGAACGAUCAAAUUAGAGUGUAAUGAACUGCACAGUCGCAUCCGGAAACUGACCUCGGAUAUCGAUCAACUCAAGCAGCAGCGUUUGAGACUGGAGGCUGCAAUCACAGAAGCGGAGGAACGCGGCGAGAUGUCUCUCAGAGAGAGUAAAGAGACGAUUGUGAAACUGCAAGAAGCCAUCCAGAAAGCAAAGCAAGAGAUUACCAAGCAAAUGCGCGAAAUCGAAGAGCUGAUGCAUGUCAAGAUGAGCCUGGAUAUUGAAAUUAACACCUACCAGAAGCUACUGGAGGGAGAGGAGGCCAGGAUGUUAGAAGGGGUAAAAACACUCAACAUCCAGCAAGUGCAACAGCAAGGUAGUUUUGGGGACUUUAAUAACUUGAGUAGCCAGAUGUCUGGAUUUCUCAAAGGGAGCAGUGAGAUGGAAAGCUCUUUGGUCUAUUCUGAAGGAACACCAGUAAUUCUGAAAUCAGUGAACCAAACCAGUGAAAUUCGAAGUACAUCUUAAAUCAACCAGGGAUAAACUGCUGUCAGUUAUGUCUCUGGUAAUUCCCUUGCCAGACACUGCACUUCUUCCACUUGGUCUGUUUAGUGAAGUAGUUAACUUGUUUGGAUUAACUUCUUGGAAUUCUGCUCAAUUUACAUAGUUAAGCAACACGAAAUUAACAUCAAUCUUAACCAGUACACAGAAUAUCAAAUUAGUCUGCAACUUUGUGGGAAAAGUGGGAAACUCGUCCUUUCUUUGUUGGUCCUUUUAAAAUGGGAAAUUAAUCAAAGUUUUAGAUGCUGUACUCUGAUUUAUGAUUUUGACUCAUUUUGUAUUGGGGAUUUACCUUCUAUGGCAUUUCUGUUAUACUGAAUAAACUUUGAAAUAUUUGAAUCUGCAAA